UAUAAUUGUCUAUUAUUACUAAAUCUCCUCCUUUCUAGAGAAGUUAAUUUCUCUUUUUUCAUUAUUAAUAAUACUUAAGUAUUUUGGGGCACAUAUUAAAGUAAUAUAAUGGGAGGAACUUCAUCUCCUUGUGCAUCCUGCAAAUUAUUAAGGCGUAGGUGUGCAAAAGACUGCAUAUUUGCUCCAUAUUUUCCACCACAUGAACCCCACAAGUUUGCCAUUGUUCACAAAGUCUUUGGUGCUAGCAAUAUUAGCAAGAUACUGCAGGAAUUACCUAUACAACAGAGAACAGAUGCAGUAAACAGUUUAGUAUAUGAAGCAAAUGCAAGAAUGAGAGAUCCUGUUUAUGGUUGUGUUGGUGCUAUUUCUUUUUUACAAAAUCAAAUCUCACAAUUAGAAAUGCAACUUGCUAUGGCCCAAGCAGAAAUAUUAUGCAUCCAAAUGCAGAAUAAUCAACACCCUUUUCCUAAUUAUAAUAAUAAUAAUUAUAAUUUGUCUGAAAUUCAAAUUGAUAAUAAUAAUAAUAAUAAUAAUAAUAAUAAUAAUCUGCAACAGUACCUUAGUUUGUUGCAAAUUAUUAAUAAUUCAAAUUAA